AUGUCGACACUAAGAGGAGCAACCGAGUCUCUGGUCCAGCGAAGAAUGCGGCUUCUGCGGCGGUUACGAGCCCUCAACAAGGAUGACUACAAGAAGGCGCUGGAAGCGCUUAACCUCAACACUGCCCGCCAUCUUGAUCCCUUUGACUUCGGGGAGGGGUCAGAGGAGGAUAAACGCAAGAAGAAGGUGAGAGGCGAAUGCUAUCAGCAAAGGUUGGCUCGACUAGCUCGAUUUAAGAAGGAUCUUGCCGCAGCAAGGGAGGAGUUCUACGAAAGGAAGGAAAGAGACUUAAAUGAGCUGGUAGACAAGCUGAUCGGUCUAGGUCUAGAAAGAAACGAUGCGGAAGCCAAGUUGCGCGGUCUUUUUGACAUUGUGAUCAAGGAACGCCGAGAAGAAGUGCUGAGACCUACUCAGGUGGACAAACUGCAAUGGUAUGCAAAAGAGCGGGUGCUGAGACGACAUGUGAUCAACUCGAUCCUUGAAAAGGAGGCUAAGCAGCUGCGCUCGAGACGGAAAUAG